GCAGACGUUCGAAACGUCAGCGGUGCCCCUGGCUGAGCUGGCUGAGCUGGUUGAGCCAGCGUGGGAGGUGGACGACGGACAACACGCUGGCAGGGUUGUCGAUGUCGACUCUACCUCCCGUAGAAGCGCGGGAAACCCAACGCGGGAAACGCACCUCAACAUUCUAACGCGUGGCCAAGGGCAGCAGCAUCUGUGCGUCCCAUCACGAGUGCUACUGACACGUGCGCCAGUGCUAGAUGGCCCAAUGGGACAUCCCUGAGGGCCACACCCAGCAGGCUGGGUGCUUCUUCCUUCUCUCGGUUCUGUGUUGCCGUGGCCCUGGAAUACAAUACUAUGGUAAUUCAACCGUAACUGUGAAUUGCAAACACAUCAUGCGGUUCGGCUAUCGUCAUGGCCAAGGAGUAAUUGCAUUCUCAUGAUUUCCAAGAACGUCAAGCAACGGGUUGUGGAAUUACAAGAAAGGUCUUCUGACGCCAGGUGGCAUUCAUGCCUACAGUUCGAGACUUGGCAUGUGCUGGAAGAAGCCAUAGCAGAGGAGGAGGAAAAGGACAAGAAGGCAGAAGAGAAAAGAAGUGCACACAGAGCAACCAAGAGAACAUAGAGGGGCUGCUGGUGGUUGCACGAGUGCAUGUGAAAUAAUUUAGACUGAAAUGUUUUCGUUUUUUUUUUUUUUGUUUGUUUCUUUUUUGUCUGUGUUUGUGAGAGGGGGAGAGCAGGGGAGUUAAGGCCAGUUUGAGGCACAGAAAAACGGGGAAACAGAUGUGACAAGAUGUGGUGUCUUAGUGAAGAGAAUCAGAAUAGGAGAUAGGGGGAAGGGUGCGGAAAGGAAUAGCUACGGGAAGCAGAGGCAAUCUCGGACAACAGUACUGCAGAGAUCUAGUGUGUGUGUAUGUGUGUGUGUGUGGGGGGGGGAGAGAGAGAGAGAGAGAGAGAGAGAGAGAGAGAGAGAGAGAGAGAGAGAGAGAGAGAGAGAGAGAGAGAGAGCUGCAGGCACGAAAGGCAAGGAGGGAGGGGGCAGUGUUGCACGUUGGCCAGAAAGCCGGUCCGAAGGCUGUGGUGACUUCAAGAUCGAAAAGGGAAAAAAAUGGAUGCUCUGAUGAUUGCACUGAUAGCUGCCAUAGCUGUGGCUAUGGUGAAUCUUUUGGGCCCAGUUGGGUGUGGCAUUGCACCCACUGAUCGAGGUGCUGAUCAUGGUGGGCAGAACAGUGAGGACAGCAAUAAAAGUGCGAAGAACAACAAAAGGAGUACCAGCAACGAUUCUGCUCCUGCUGCUGCCGCUGCUGAUGCUGCUGAUGGUGAUGGCGACGAGAAUGAUAAGAAGAUCGUUGGCUGUGGUAGCGAACAAAGCAGAAGUAAGGAGGAGAAAACUAUUGAGCUUUCUCCUUCUCCUCCUGCUCCUCCUCCUCCUCCUCCUCCUCAUGCUGCUGCUGUUUUUCUCAGAUUUGCUCGGCAAAGGUGCUUGCUUCGUUGCCUUGGGUUCCUGAUACUGCUAUGUGUAUGCGCGUUGGCAUGCUUUGUCGUCUAUCUCUCUGCGGUUAUCGUCCAUCCCCGCUUGCAGCUUUAUCACCGGCAUCAUCGACAGCCAUUACCGAUGACGGAUUGCCGUGUCCUUUCAAGAGAUGUUGGGCUGAGGAGGGUGAGAUUAUGCACUGGUGGUACUCCCUCCAUUCGUCGUCGAGUUCUUGAACGAGUCGUUGGGAAGAGCUAUGUACGCGUCAAGCAGCCCUGCUACUUUCAUUACUACUGGACUUGUGUAUUUCAACUAGAGUUCAUUCCUAAGCGUUCAUGUAUGCCAGUGAGAGUGGAGGUGGAUGCUCCUGGGAGUCUUCUCCCUCUACAUUGCCGGCCUGAUUUCUACGAUGCUUGGAAUACAAAAGAAAAGUAUCGCGUGAACAAUACCUAUCCGUGUACUUAUAACCCUCACGAUCUUCGGCAGGUAGACAUAGCGUUGAAAGAAUCGUUUCAGACAUGCAAAUUAGAACUUGAGGACGAUGGCAAUGGUGUAGUUGACGAAGAUGGAAAUGGUGAAGGAACUUUUGCUCGCUUUAGAGAAGAGGUGGGGGACAUCCUGCGUACCAUGUGGACGCCUGUUGUUAGUGUUUUGCAUCAUUGGACAGAUCGCCACUUUUGGCAGUUCCAAGACGACCUAUUGGAUGGUGGUGGGGUAGCUGCCGUGGCAGCAACGUUUUUGAUGUCAGCAGGUUACCAUUUCGGGAAAGCAAUAAUGCAAUGCUUCAUUUUCAGCCUCAUUAGGAUGGCGUGGAUUAUGGUUUCUCAUAUUUUCUGUCGUCUUCUGCAUUCGCUUUUCCGCUGUGCGACAAGCAUGCUACCACCAUUGACGCGGAGGAGUGUAUCCCAAGGUGGCAUGUCUUCGUCAGUGGAGGCUUUCUCAGAUGCUGGGAUCGGCGUCGCUGAGAAGAACAGCAUUAGGAGUAGUAGCAAUAUUAAGAUUGUUAGCAGGUUAAUAUUUACAAACGACAGUUCGGAGCCCCCCGGAAGCACCAACUCCUCCUUCUCCUCCUCCUCCUCCCCCUCCUCCCCCUCCUCCUUCUCCUCCUCCUGCUUCCCCGGCAAUCACCAGACCAACGAUCUUGACAAGCACCAACGGCGGCCUCUCAUCAUCUCCACAAGAGGAGCAGCAGAGGGUGCGGCAACCAGUAUAUGAAUCAGUAGACAAAAAGCAUGAGGAGCCUUGAUCAGGUGUACACUGUCAUCAGGCUAACGCUGUAAUCAUCAUAGCCGAAUGGGUAAUCACUUAACACGGAAUUGUUAUGUAUAUCCAAUCCAAAGAGACCGAAGGAGAGUUUGAGAUCUGUGUUAGAGUUUCUACUAUCGAGAGUCUAGGCAUGUACUGGCCAGAUGGCUGCGGUGAGCUCUCUUCUUUCCCAUUGCCACAUGAUUUGUGACCGUAGUCUCCCAUUAGGCAGCAGCAGUUUUACUGUCCCAUGCGUGCAUCUCGUGCUUGCUGUCUCGCUGGCACUAUGAUCAACCCUAGCGUGACAAAAUGCACAUUUUAUCAUUGUAGUUUUCGGUGGUGGGAUGGUCUUGACCUCUUUGGGGACGAGCAUGAGCAUGGGCAUGGCUAUGGCAAUGCAUGCAUCUCGUGCUUGCUGUCUGAUCAAGCCUACCCGGACAAUGCACAUUUUAUUUUAUGUUGUUGUUUUUGGUGGUGGGAUGGCCUCAGCCGCUUUGAUGAUGGAUGGGGAGUGCACCUAAAGGCAUUGGAGCAACUAAGGGAAAUGAUGGAGUCAAGCGAGCAGACGUCAGCUGGGUCGCCUAUUGUACAUUAUUAAAAAUUAAAAUGUUGUUAUAUUAUGAAGCGACUGCCUUGUUGAUUGAUAAGCUUAUGCCGAG